AUGGCGCCUAAGCCGACAAACUGGGGUCGAUGGUUGAAGAUGUUGGGCGGCGGCGCGUUGGUAUGCGUUGGAGGACCCGCGCUCACUAUGUAUCUGGCUCCCACGGAUGAGGAACUCUUCCAAAAGUACAAUCCUGAUCUCCAAAGGAAGAGCCUGGAGAAGAGGGUGGAAAGGCAACAAGAGUUCGACGAUUUCGUGAACAGACUCAAGAAGUACUCGAAAUCGUCCAAGCCAAUUUGGGUCGUACAGAAAGAGGACGAAGAAAGACAGAGGCAAGCGAAGCUACAAGAGAGCUUGAAGAUUGCCGAUGAGGUCAAGGCAAGAAGGGAAGCCAUGAGGAAGGAGGCAGGCCUGUCGCCUGAAUCCACCAGGUGA